GUUUGCGUGAAGUUGCGUGAAAUGUCACGUGAAAUGAAAUCAUGCGAACAGAGUUUUUGGUCAGCGGUUGACAGAAAGAGGUGAAAAAAAUGGCGGAAAAUUGUAAUUUUGUUUGUACCGUUUGAAAGGUUGGUUCUUUGAUCAUUUAAGUUAGAUCUUCGGUCUUGUUGUGAAAAAUUUCCUAUAUUACUAUGGCACAACCAAAGCAAAUUACACAAGAAACAUUUGAUGCGGUUGUAAGAGAGAAUAUGGAAGAAUUUGAAAUGGAUUUGCACGAGGCCAUACAAGAUGCGAAGGAUCAGUUUAAAACUCAGGGCGUUGACUUGUCAAACUUGAUCACAUCAUAUAUUCAAGAUUUAGACACAGGUGAACUUAAACACAGCAAUCCUGUGAAAGAUGCCUUGGACAUGAUACAGAUAUCUUUACAAGAGGAUGAUUUGCAAUUACUCUUAAAAGGAUUGCAGGAUUUCUCCACUGAAUGCGACAAGAGUGAGGAUAACAGAAAAUUUGCAGCAAGUAAAGGUGCCUUCAAAUUACUUUUCUCCAGUUGCAACCAUUGUUACUUAAUGAAAAACAAAGAUAAUCUUGCUGCCAGUCUGGAUGCCUUGAGCUCAUUUUUGUAUGGCCAAGGAGAUCUUGCUGAUGUUAAAAUGAUCGAAUUUCUAGCAAGCUGUUUAAAAGAACUUAAAGAAGAGGUUUUAGUUGAAAACAUUGUGAAAGCUAUAAGAGUUGCUUGCAUCAAGAGUGAAUCGAAUCGUCAGACUUUUGUUGCCAAUGGUGUCAUACCUUAUUUAGUGGCUACUUUGAAAGACUAUAGCCAGUCAGGAAGAAUUGUGAAGGAAACAUGCUUGUCCCUGCGUGUUUUCACAUUCGAUGAUGAUAUGAGUGUAGCUUUUGGAAAAGCUCAUGAGCAUGCGAAGUUGAUUGUGGCAGAAAAUGCAUUUGGAGUAUUGUUGGGUAUCAUGGAACAUUGCAAAGAUGUGGACGUGGCUAGUGAGGUGUGUGUCACCUUGAGUCGUCUGGCAGUAAGGAACGAAUACUGUAAGGAUAUAGUUGAUAUGGGUGGACUGAAAAUGGUUCUUAAAUUAUUACAAGACCAUACUUCCAGCCAGAAUAUUGCCAAGCAGGUGUGCACUCUUCUCAGAGCCAUAGCUGGAAAUGAUGAUGUCAAGACUUCCAUUGUUGAUGCUGGUGGCCUGGGACUCAUUGUUGCUGCCAUGACGACCCAUGCUAAGCAGGCAACAGUGGCAGAACAAGGAUGUGCAGCUCUAGGUUCUAUUGCUUUGAGGAGCCCCCCUAACUGCUCAGCUAUUGUGGCUGCUGGAGGGGUAGAGGCCAUUGUCAAGGCUAUGCAGAUUCAUCCUGAUGUUGCUGGAGUACAGAAACAAGCCUGCCUAGCUCUGCGGAACCUGGUGGCCCGUAACCCUGAUCACUGUGACAUUAUCCUGGAAGCAGGAGCUGAAAGCUUGAUCAGGAAAGCGCAUGGCAAGAUGGGUGAUUGUGAGGAUUUAGCUAAAGCAGCUCUCAGAGAUCUUGGUUGUGAUGUGGAACUUAAAGAGCUUUGGACUGGAACAGGGCAAGGCAAGGUUCAAUAUUGAUUGUACCAAGUCAGAGAGAGCUAGAAGCUUUUCAACCAAUAAAAUGCAAAGAUAAAAGGAAUUGCCACUUUGUCGAUCACAAUUUCAACGCCAUGUACUUGAUUUGACUGUAAGUUCUUGUUGGCCUCUGGUAGUCUUUUUUUGGCUAUGAUAAACUGUUGUAAAUACUGAAAUAGGUUUUGAAUUCAGAACAUUACCCCACAAAUAACUCUAUUGAUAAUUUUUAAGGUAGGAGUGACUCUUUUAGUGUAUUGGUCCCAAUAAAAGUACUGAUAAAUCUGUACUCAGGCCUAUUUGCCCACCCAGCUUAUCCCAGUUUCCAGUAACAUGAAGCAAUUAGGAGUAUUACAACUUCCCCUUGGAUAUGGGAUGCUAGUCCACUGCAAGCUUACCCCCCAGCAUUUUAUCAGGCUUCUCUGACAAAUUGCCAAUACUCAUUUACACUCCUGGGUGGAGAGAGGCACUGUCAGAGUAAAGUACAAUGAUCCAGCCAAGUCUAGAACCCAGACCUCUCAAACCAGAGUCUAGUGCAUUGACAAUUAGGUCACUGUGUCUCCCACUCCCAAGGUAGUAGAGUGGUUUACCACAAAUCAACCGAGGAACGACAGAGCUGAAUAAUGAAAUGCUACGUCAGUGGGUUGUGGUCAAUAACAUGGGCUCAAGUGUCCUAGGUCUAAAAUUUAGCGAAAUUAGCGGAAAAUAGUAAGGGCUGACUUUUAAAACCAAGG